UGGCCUGUCGAGCUCGAUUGGUCAUGUCUGGAUCCGGUCCGUCCAAUAUUGUCUUCCCCCUUCCCGCGAGUGUGGGUGCGCGACGUGUGUGAAUUAAAGAGCACGUGACUGUAACACAGUGAAGUAAAGUAAUAAGCUUUCAAACACAUCAUUCGGAUGACGGCGGAAGGUUUUCAUCCGAGUGGGGAGGACAUUGAGAAGUGGAUGUCCAGCGCCUUUGACAUGGCCAAAGACGCUCUGGAGAACGGAGAGGUGCCCGUCGGGUGCCUGAUGGUCUUCAACGAUGAGGUCGUGGGAAAAGGUCGGAACGAAGUCAACGAGACCAAAAACGCCACUCGGCAUGCUGAGAUGGUGGCCCUGGAUCAGCUCCUGGACCGGUGUCGCCGCCACGACCUGGACGUGAGCGCCGUGUGCGAGCGGACGGCGCUGUACGUCACCGUGGAGCCGUGCAUCAUGUGUGCAGCAGCCCUGCGCCUGCUUAACAUCCCCGUGGUCGUGUACGGCUGCAGGAACGAGCGCUUCGGCGGCUGCGGUUCGGUUCUGGACGUCUCGUCGGCCCUCUUACCCGAAACCGGGUCCACCUUCAAGUGUGUUUCAGGUCACAGAGCAGAUGAAGCUGUCGAGAUGCUGAAGACUUUCUACAAACAGGAGAAUCCAAACGCCCCAAAACCCAGAAGCAGGAAGGACUGAACUCCUCCGGACGCGUCGGCUGUGCGUUCAGUUUUCGUGUUUUAUGAAAUAAAAAGUCAUUCUGAAUCAUU